GUGCUUGUUUAAAAACGUAUUAACCAGCAAAAGCCCAGCGAGGCACGGGUAGUGCGGUGUGCGUGAUGCGCUGCACCGUGCCCUGCUUCAAGGACAGUGGCAGAUGCGGAGCUCUUGGCUGCGCUGGGGCCUGACGUGCUGUCUGAGCCUGCUUUGUCUCUCUCGUGGGUUUUUGUCCUUGGAAGAGCUCGUUGUUUCUUUGUGUCUCAGCUCUAGCGUGCUGGUUAUCCUUGCCUCUCGUGCUUGUGAUCACCAUGGCUGCCGUGGAUCGAUUCUCCCUCCUGUACAGAGAAAUCAGUCACUCCUGCAGUUUCUAUAUGGAAGCCCUGGCUGUUGUUGGAGCUUGGUACACAGUCAGAAAGGUUGUGUCUCUGGCCUUGGACACUUACAGUGCUCUCAGGCUGCAUGUGAUUCCAAAGCUGAGUGGGGAGGCUGAUCUCGUCAAGAAGUACGGCACGUGGGCCGUGGUCACGGGUAGCACAGAUGGCAUUGGGAAGGCUUAUGCUGAAGAACUGGCAAAGCAUGGUGUCAACAUCAUCUUAGUGAGCCGGAACAAAGAGAAGCUGGAGGCUGUAUCCAGGAGCAUAUCUGAAACCUAUAAAGUGCAAACAGAUUUCAUAGUAGCUGAUUUCAGCAAGGGGCGUGAGCUCUACCCAGGCAUUAAGGAGGCUCUGAAAGACAGAGAAAUUGGGAUUUUGGUGAAUAAUGUAGGAAUAUUUUAUGCCUACACAGACUAUUUUACUAAUCUGUCUGAGGAUAUUCUAUGGGACUUGAUCCAUGUAAAUAUUGCUUCUGCUACCAUGAUGACACAUAUUGUGUUGCCAGGCAUGGUAAAGAAGAGGAAAGGGGCAGUUGUGAACAUUUCUUCAGCAGUGUGUUGUCAGCCAACGCCGAUGUCGACAGUCUAUGGAGCCUCUAAAAGCUACUUGGACUAUUUCAGUAGAGCACUACAUUAUGAGUAUGCCUCUAAAGGAAUUUUUGUUCAGAGUCUGACACCAUUUGUAACUACUACAAAAAUGUUAUCAUUCAGCAGCACUAUAUCAAAGAGAUCUAUUUUUUUUCCUACUGCUGAAGAAUAUGCAAGUCAUGCUGUUUCUACUCUUGGGUUAUCCAUAAGGACCACUGGUUGCUGGAAGCAUGCAAUACAGUGGACGCUGGGCGAGUGCCUGCCUGAGUGGAUGUGGGCAUGGUUUGCUCUGUAUUUGAGCAGAAUUCUACGCAGGCAAGCUUUGGCAGCCAAAGCAAAAUAGGAGUAGCUCGAUGUCCCAGGAGACAAUUCUGAUCAGAGUGCUGCAAAAACGUGUAAUGCACCUUGGAGGACUUACUGUAACUUAUCCAUACCUUGUUAAGCAAGCUACCUAACCUAGACAGCAGAAGUCUGGAUCCUCUCUGUAUCCUUGUAUUAAAUAGCUCCUCUGUUGCUUUCCUUUAUGGCAGAGUGCUGAUGUUCUGGAUGUUAAUCUCUAUUCACUUUCUCAUUGACAUAGUUGAGCAGGAGCAGCUACAGUGUUAUUUCUAACACUAAGUAACACUCCCUCACAUAGUGCUACAUGAUAUCUAUUUGUAACAUUGGGAGAGUGUGCGACUCGUCCGACUCCAUCAGAAACGGGACCCGAGAAGAAUCAAGCCGUUCAAAACGACAGCUAUGAAGUUUGGGAGAAGAUGGGGAGCAGCUGAGGGGGUACCAGGGUCAGGGGUCUGUCCACAGCUGACCCAGCCUCAGCUGGCCUCAAAGCCGUUUGCUUCAGUUGUGUUGCCAACAACGCCUUCCGCUCGCUGGCAAAGGGGCUUUAAACCCGUACAUUUAAUUUGGGUCGGGGUUUGAAGCUGCCAUUCCCGGGGCUUAACGGGACCCCCGCGCCGCCUCCUGAGGGCUCCCGGGGCGGCACCGCCCGCGCCUGCGCAGCGCGGCCGCGGGGCUCUCGCGAGAGCGCGCCGGUAAACAGCGCUGAAGAUGGCGGCGGGCCGGGCGGCGGCGGCGCGGUUGCCUUGCAAUCAGCUUUGCUAAUUCUUCUAGGGAGUUAAGGUUGCCAUCAGAAAUGGAGUACAGGACUGAGCUGGCACAUCCUGAGUGACUGAAUCAUUUAAUGCAAAAUGGAGAAGAAGCGGA